CGAAAAAAAUAAUAAGAUGGGUUGUUGUCAAUCAAACGAAGUUCAUGAUGGGAAAGCCCGUAAUGAAGAAAUUGAAAACAUUAUUAAGCGAGAUAAACUCAACAUGAGAAAUGAAGUUAAAAUGUUAUUGUUAGGUGCUGGUGAAUCAGGAAAAUCAACCAUCUUAAAGCAAAUGAAGCUCAUUCAUGAUGGUGGUUAUUCCCGGGAUGAAAGAGAGGCUUUCAAAGAAAUCAUUUAUUCAAACACAGUUCAAUCCAUGAGAGUCAUCAUAGAAGCUAUGGAAAAUAUGGACGUAGCCUUUGCUUCUCCUCAAAACAGAAAUCACAGCCAUAUUAUUCUUGAUUUACCUUCUCAAAUUGAACAAGACUCGCUACCUUCAGAAGUGACUCUAGCCUUAAAGUCAUUAUGGAAAGAUGAAAAUUUGCUCAGUGUGUUUGAUAGAAGUCGCGAAUAUCAAUUGAAUGAUUCUGCUAAAUAUUAUUUCGAUUCCAUUGAUAGAAUAGGAGAUGUAAACUAUAUACCAACAGACCAAGAUGUACUUCGUUCAAGAGUAAAGACGACAGGUAUCACUGAGACUACCUUUGUGAUUGGUGAUCUUACUUAUCGUAUGUUUGAUGUUGGUGGUCAAAGAUCUGAAAGAAAGAAAUGGAUUCACUGUUUUGAGAAUGUGACAGCUAUCAUUUUUUUGGUAGCCAUUUCUGAAUAUGAUCAAGUCUUGAUUGAAGACGAAACAGUGAACCGUAUGCAAGAAGCCUUGACUUUGUUUGACUCUAUCUGUAAUUCUCGUUGGUUUAUCAAGACUUCCAUCAUUCUUUUCUUAAACAAGAUUGAUAUCUUUAAAGAAAAGUUGCCAAAGCACCCUUUAAAAGAAAGCUUUAAUGAUUUUGAAGGACCAGAAACGUAUGAAUCUGCUAGUGACUACAUCUUGAAUCGAUUUGUGUCUUUAAAUCAAUCUGAUUCUAAACAAAUCUAUACGCAUUUUACUUGCGCUACAGAUACUCAACAGAUUCGGUUUGUUAUGGCAGCUGUCAAUGAUAUUAUUAUUCAAAAUAAUUUACGAGAUGUUGGUCUUUUAUAAAUGUAUAUCGUUUUUUCUUACUUAUUUUACUUUUAAUAUUUAUAUUUAUAUAUAUAAAAUCUGUUGACAUUCACUAAUUAA